GGGAUAAAUAAAAGUGGUCAGAUAUGUAUACAGAGCAUUAGGGUUUUGUCUGAAGAAUAUAAACGUUGACACACAAACACAGAAGAUAAGCAGCGCCUCUGAUCCCUAUUGGCGGCUCUUUCAAGCUAAUUGUUCUUCAAUUAACAGGAGAUGGCUACCAAUGAAGCUAAGAAGAAACCUAAUGCCAAGGGUGGAGGUGGAGGAGGAGGAAGUAAGAAGAAGGAAGUUAAGAAGGAAACUGGACUUGGCCUCUCCUUCAAAAAGGAUGAGAACUUUGGAGAAUGGUACUCUCAGGUGGUUGUUAGCGCUGAAAUGAUUGAGUACUACGAUAUAUCAGGUUGCUACAUCAUAAGGCCGUGGGCUUGGAAGAUUUGGAAGCUAAUGAAAGAAUUUUUUGAGAAAGAGAUAGACAAGAUGGAGAUCGAGGAUUGCUCUUUCCCACUUUUUGUAUCUCCUGCCGCACUGCAACGUGAAACGGAUCAUAUUGAGGGGUUUGCUCCUGAGGUUGCAUGGGUUACAAAAUCUGGAGAAUCUGACCUAGAGAUUCCUAUUGCUAUCCGCCCUACAAGUGAAACAGUGAUGUAUCCAUAUUUCCCAAAGUGGAUAAGAGGUCACCGAGAUUUGCCUUUGAAGCUGAAUCAGUGGAACAAUGUUGUCCGUUGGGAGUUCAGCAAUCCUACUCCAUUUAUCAGGAGUCGGGAGUUCCACUGGCAAGAAGGCCACACAGCAUUUGCAUCAAAGGAAGAAGCUGAUGUCGAGGUACUUGCGAUAUUGGAAUUAUAUAGAAGGAUAUAUGAAGAGUACUUGGCAAUACCAGUUGUAAAGGGUAAAAAGAGUGAAAUGGAGAAGUUUGCUGGUGGCCUUUACACAACAUCGGUGGAGGCUUUUAUCCCUAAUACCGGUCGGGGUAUACAAGGAGCUACUUCUCACUGCCUUGGUCAAAAUUUUGCGAACAUGUUUGAUAUAAAAUUCGAGGAUGAGAAGGGCAACAAACGCAUGGUGUGGCAGAACUCAUGGGGAUACUCUACCCGAACUAUUGGGGUGAUGGUCAUGGUUCACGGGGACGACAAAGGACUGGUGGUGCCACCUAAAGUGGCGUCAUCCCAAGUCGUAGUGGUUCCAGUGCCCUACAAAGAUGCGGAUACACAAGCUAUUUUAGAUGCCUGUUCUGAUGCUGUGAAGACACUGACUGAAGCAGGUCUACGGGCCAAAGCUGAUCUCAGAGAUAACUAUUCACCUGGUUGGAAGUACUCACAUUGGGAAAUGAAAGGUGUUCCUUUGAGGAUUGAAAUCGGACCAAAAGAUUUGGCUAAUAAUCAGGUGCGUGCUGUUCGACGUGACAAUUUCAAAAAGGUGGAUAUUCCCAUGGCGAGCUUGGCGGAGCAAGUAAAAGACAUGCUAGAUGAUAUUCAAAAAAGUUUAUUUGAUUCUGCAAAGGAAAAACGAGAUGCAUGUAUUGAGAAAGUGGCGACAUGGGAUCAAUUUAUCGAAGCACUAGGAAAAAAGAAAAUGAUCCUAGCUCCUUGGUGUGAUGAAGAGGAAGUAGAAAAAGAUGUUAAAACACGGACAAAGGGCGAGAUGGGAGCUGCUAAAACACUGUGCUCUCCCCUAGAUCAGCCUGAUAUUCCCUCAGGUACUCUUUGCUUUGCCUCGGGAAAGCCAGCAAAAAAAUGGAGCUACUGGGGAAGGAGUUACUAAAGAGAUGAAGAGUCUUGACCUUAUACCCAUAAUUUGUUCAAAUCUGAAUGAAGGGAUGAUAUUCUUGUUAAUUUGAAUAUAUCUUUACAGAAUGUUGAUCUGUAUGUUGCAAGAUUUCUUUUCCUUCAAAUCUCUGAACAAACAGUUUAAAGAUCAGAAAUAUGAAGAUACUCUUUUGUCUGGCUAGUAAUAUACACUUCUUUGUACUUUUUCUUUACAA